AUGCUAAGAAGGCGUAAGAGGGUCCGCCAGGGAAUAAAAUGCCUCGAGCAGUCCAUCCAAGAGGAGGCACAGUACCGCGGCCUUAUCAUGGAGCUCGAGCAGAUCCUUAGGGAUCACUACGUGAUUAGAUAUCUCAACUGUCGUGCCAAAGACCUGCCGGCACUAGACAUCAGAUUCGGCGUUGGGAGAUAUAUACCGCAGGAGAUUGCGGACGCGUAG